UGUUUUUUUUUUCUUUUCAAUAAAUAAAUAUGCAAUAUUUUUCACUGUCCUCCUGUUGUACCGAAUGGAACAUCGUCUCAGUCUUCUGCGAAGAGCUGACCCUCAAGCCUGGCUGUACGAGAGAAAUGCUGACCGCUUGCGGCUCUGACUUCCUCGUGUACAACAACGUCACCAGUCUGCCGGAAGACGGAAAGGAGUUUGAAGAGAACUGCGUGUUCCUGCAGAUGCAGAUCUCCUGUUCCCUGGAAUUCGCGAAAACGUGCUUGGACGGCAUUCCGCGAGUGGCUAUCACUAUAGGCCUGCAAGCCAUGGAAGAGGAAUACGAGGCCAUCUGCACGGAAGGCACUGAAUAUUUUUUUUUCUCGCAUUACCGCAAGAGCAUCGCGUGCAUGAACAAAGCCGGCAAAGGUCUCAACCAGUGUCAAGCCAAGAUGCGCGACAACAUGGAGAUCGGGGCCGUGGCUGCGCCUCGGGGCAAGAACAUUGCCUACGCCUGCUGGUGA